AUGGGUAGCGCGCCAUCUCCAUUCAACGUGGCCGGAGAGGGCUCGGAAAUACUCGAUCGAGCGCAAACCCAGAACGAAAGAAUCUCUGCGGACCAAAUACCGGCUUCUGGAGAAAGACAUAGGACGGCACCGCCGCCCGAUGUGCAAGACGCCAUCGCGGCUCAGACGUCGGAUCUCCAGGAGACAGGGCCGGCCGACGCAAAAUUUUGGUCUAGUCCUAUCUCGAUCAGCACCCCCACCCCUUCCGAGCAUCGUUCAGACGGCCCAGCCCCUCUAAGAAUGCGGAUGAUGAGGCCACCGGCCUCUACACGCGUCGCCCCCCGGCAGAAUCACGGUCAGACCGCACGGUCGACUCAGGGUCCGAAAUCGACCGUCCAGUCCCCAGCUAAAUGUGCACACCGUCGCGGGUUUGAGACGCUUUGGGUUCGUAAAGGUCCGCGGGAUCGCCCCGGGGACGAGAAAAACAAUGGAAUGCCGUCGAGGUCGUUGAAUGCACCCUCCAAAAUCGAUCUGUUGUGGCGUUUAACAUACCACGUCUUCGGUCGCACGAGGCAGUAA